GUUUCCUUCCGGUAAGAAAAAUAUCAAAACAUUUUCAUUUAUUAUUGUUUCGUGUAUUUUAUGAAGUCUUACCUAAGUUGAAAUGAUUGAUUUCAUUUUUAAAAUUUCCGAAUCACUAAACAAGAAAAAUGAAGAGGCGGACACCAUCUGGGGAAAGUCUUACUUCAGUGAGUUAUAAACGCGAAAGGAUUGACAAUGUAGCUGGAGUAAAGAUGGCAGGACCUUAUUUGAUAGGCCCCCGGAUCAGCCAGUCACCAGUAAGCAGUAUUGUACAGUGUUUGGGGAGAAAGAUAGGCACAGAUGAUUUCUAUAUGUUAAAGAUCCUCACCAUGGAGAAUUCAGAUCGAGAGUCGCAGGAUGAUAAACAGGGAAAGAUGCUGCUGCACACUGAGUACUCUCUCCUGUCUCUACUGCAUAAUCAGGGAGGUGUGGUCCAUCACCACGGCUUGUUUAAGGAUUUAGCUGCAGAAGACAGAGUUGUCAUAAAAACUUCACAUAAAUCUUCAAAAACAACAAAAUCAGCAUCUAAAUUAAGCUCUAGAACACGGACUGCAUCAUCUGAAAGUCGCAGUGUGACAUCAUCAAGUGGCAGGCUCGUCAAGAGAGCUGUUGUGAGCCGUACGGCUUCCUCUGAAUCUACGACUUCUGUUGAUUCAGUUACAUCAUCAGAUACAAUUAGCAAUUGUUCAACAACUGGUGGGAAAGUCUCAAUAGCCAGGACAUCUUAUUUAAGGUCAAGGGAUGAUUCAUGUGAACCAAAAACAACAAGGUCGGCACUCUCUAGAAGUGUGACUGUAUCAAACAUGAGCAAAAGCCAAAAUGAACAAUUAUUGUCAUCAAAUCAAACGAUGAAGUUACCAAGUCAAGCAAUACAAUCACCCACCCAAUCAAUACACUCGUCAAAUCAAUCAAUACACUCUUCAAGCCAAUCAAUGCAAUCACCAAAUCAAUCAAUACACCCUUCAAGCCAAUCAAUGCAAUCACCAAAUCAAUCAAUACACUCUUCAAGCCAAUCGAUACCAUCAUCUAGUCAUUCAUCUAGUCACACACCACCAUCCAACCUUUCACCUUCCAUAGGAGCCACACAUCAACAUUUUAAAAAGAGAAUUGUAUUGGUCCUUGACUGCUUAGUACCUCAUGAGUUCAGCGAUAAAAACAAGGACUUGGUGAAUUUACAACAUUACGUCAUAAAAGAGAAAAAGUUAACUGAAAGAGAGGCUGUAAUAAUAUUCUACGACAUCGUCAGAGUUGUAGAGAAUCUGCACAAGAAAAAUAUUGUCCACCGAGAUCUGAAGCUUGGUAAUAUGAUGCUGAAUAAACGCAGCCUACGUGUGACAAUUACCAACUUCUGCCUUGGCAAACAUCUCGUCUGUGAAGAUGAUCCUUUGAAAGAUCAACGUGGGAGUCCAGCAUACAUCAGUCCAGAUGUACUGAGUGGUAAACCUUACUUAGGCAAGCCCAGUGAUAUGUGGGCCCUGGGAGUUGUUCUGUUCACCAUGCUGUAUGGCCAGUUUCCCUUCUAUGACAGUGAUCCCAUCAAACUAUUUAAGAAGAUCAAGACAGCAGACUUUACAAUACCACCCUUGGGGGUACAGGACAGUACCAGUGGCCUCAUUAAACAGCUCUUGGUAUUGGACCCCAAAGAAAGGCUCACUGCCAGCCAAGUUCUAGAGGCCCUUCAUGGAAUCAUAACAACAUGGAGAGCUAUGUAUAAUAGAAGUGGACCACUCCAGGUUGUGCCUGACAUUGAUGACCUCAUUCCAUCUACACUAAAGAACCCACCAAUGAACAGAAAAUUCCCCUCUGGCUUAAGCGAAUUUGAAAAGAAACUGAAAGAGUAUAAUGAAUCAGAAAAGGAUCACCCACGAGCAAAAGUGAAAAAACUGAUUCAACUUCAGCGCAAACCUAAUGUACCCCCACCUAUAAGACGUUUAAAUGAAGAUGCACAAGCUAUGACGUCAAUGGAAGUUAGGGCUCAUAGACAUUUGGUUCAUCCGCAAUAGUUGACAUUCUAUUCAUCCACAAUAUUGUGUUUGAAUAAAGGUGUAUAAACUGUGACUUUUAAAGCAGUAAAGGCUCAUAGAUGUGCAGUUCAUCCACGAUCUGCAAUAGUAUGUUUGAAUAAAGG